GUUCAAACAAUAUACGCCACAUAAAAACAUGUUCAAAUGGUGCCUCUCUGGUAGAACGAGGCACCGCCAGUGUUUAUAUUAACUGAAUUGAAAGACUUUUUAUUAACUAUACCUGUGUUUAGAGUGAGAUUAAACCAGUUAGGGAAAAGUUCAAUUGUGGUUUGAGAAUAAGAUUCAUUUGGUAGAACGUAUUUACAUACUCUCAGGAUUUAAAUUGUGGAUUGAGCAGUACAACCAACAAUAUUAUAUCACUCGAAUUCAUGUUGUUAACACCAAGGAAACUAUUUGGAGCCCAAUUUGGAAUCAUACGAAUCCAGCGUCCACUAAAUCCGGGUGUAAAAUCACUGUCACGCAAAGAACUGGGGUUAAAAAACAUUUAUAGGUUGCAGCCUAGAAAACGAGAUGGGCUGCCGUGGAUUUUGGAGGCAGAUCUGGAUGUUCAGGAAUAUGUUUAUCAUCAUUCUCACCCCCAUUGUACUGCUGCCGUUGCCCGUAGUGCUUCAGGAUAGAGCGGCGAGCUGCGCCUAUGCAAUCAUUAUAAUGGCCAUUUAUUGGGUGUUUGAAGUUCUUCCGAUGGCCGUAACAGCGCUUCUCCCAUUGGUCAUAAUGCCCCCUCUGGGAGUUUUGGGCGCUAAGGAUCUUGCAGUGAACUAUCUCAAGGAUACGAAUUUUCUGUUUGUCGGUGGACUAUUGGUUGCUGUUGCAGUCGAAAGGUGGAAUCUUCACAAACGAAUAGCACUUCGUGUCCUUUUACUUGUGGGAGCAAAGCCAAAGUGGUUGAUGUUCGGGUUCAUGACUGUAACAGCAUUCCUGUCCAUGUGGAUCAGUAAUACGGCAACUACUGCAAUGAUGGUGCCGAUCGUCCAAGCCGUACUUCUUCAGUUAAAUGAAGGUCAGGACGAUGACGUUGAAGGAAGUGGGGAGCUAGACAAUGAACUCGAAGGAACUACAAAUAUCGCAUAUAUUGCCGAUGAACGGAAAUCAACUUCUAGUUCCUAUUAUGAGGACAAAGUUAACGGCAUUGAUGCUAGCGUAACAGUUGCACAGGGAGUACCAGCUAAAGUUGAGACUAACCACAAAGUUCCAUACACUAAUACUGCUCAGGAGGUGUUUGAGGAUGAACAAGCCGAUAAGAAAAAAGACGAAUUAGAUGGAAGGGGCAAGUAUGGUUCUAUAGGGAAAGAUGCCAUUGACUUGGAACUUAAAGAAAUCGAGUUUACAGACAGUGUGAAUACCGUGACGGCAAAACAGAGCAAAGAGGAAGCGCAGAAUUAUCAGAAAGUGUGCAAGGGUCUCACGAUGUGCAUUUGCUACGCGGCAAAUAUAGGUGGCAUGGCGACUCUUACCGGAACCGGACCAAAUCUUGUCCUAAGCGGGCAAGCCGGAACGUUAUUCGGAGACGAGGCUGGGAUUAACUUCAGUUCCUGGUUCAUCUUUGCCUUCCCUACCAUGAUCAUUUGCCUCUUCAUCGCCUGGGUUUGGCUUCAGUUGCUCUUCUUGGGCUGGAGGGAAAUGUUUGGCUGUUGUCUCCGAAGAAAUGAUCCAAACGCCAACGCCAAGGAAAAGAGAGUAAAAAAGGUUAUAAGACAAACUUACGAUGAAAUGGGACCAAUGUCGUUUGCAGAGAUCGGAGUCCUCUGCCAUUUCAUAUUACUAGCUCUACUAUGGCUUACAAGAAAUCCACAGUUCAUAGACGGUUGGGGCUCACUCUUCCCCAAAGGGUUUGUGACCGAUGCAUCUACAGGGAUCACAGUUGCAGUACUUCUCUUCAUCUUUCCCUCCAAAAAGCCAACGUUUCUCUGCUGCAAACCUAAAAAUGAUCCAAACGCUCCUAGGCCUGUUCCCGCUCUCCUCGACUGGGCCACUGUGCAGGAGAAGUUCCCCUGGAAUAUUAUACUCAUUUUAGGGGGAUCAUUCGCACUAGCUGCAGCGUGCAAGGAAUCAGGACUAUCAGCGUGGCUUGGAGGCCAGAUGGAAGGACUAAAGGACGUCCCCACGGUUGUAUUUGUACUGCUCCUUUGUGUAAUAGUGGCUACGUUUACAGAGGUGACGAGUAACACGGCGGCUGCUUCAAUAUUUCUCCCAAUACUUGCAGAAUUAGGAGUCAGUAUCAACGUUCAUCCAUUGCUGUUUAUGAUACCAGCAACACUAGCAUGUUCCUUCGCCUUUAUGCUCCCUGUAGCUACACCACCUAAUGCAAUCGUGUUUACAUAUGGUCAUCUUAGGAUCAUUGAUAUGGUGAAGACCGGUAUAGCCAUGAAUAUAUUCUGUGUACUCAUCGUAACAUUCAGUAUAACUACAUACGGCACGGCAUUCUUCAAACUGGACACUUUCCCAGAUUGGGCAAUGCGAGAUCCAGUUGCUAAUACAACAAUCAUG